AUGGGCGCCUCGUUCGCUGAGAGAGCGCGAGAGGCAGAGACAGAAACAGAGCCAGACAGAGAGACUGCGCAGAUGCGGAAGUUUCUUCCUUCGCUGUUCCUGAGGCCCAGGUAUCACAUCCGGCCCUUGGUCCUGGGUCUGAGAGGAGGCGAGGAGCCGCGGCCCCCCGCCUGGCUCCCUGCCCUGCUCUGCGUCUCCCCUCCGCUCCCUGGCUACUCACUUACAUGGGGCGAAGCCUCGUGGCCCCUGGCGGGGGUCUCAAUGACUUUCAAGGAUGUGGCUGUGGACUUCACCUGGGAGGAGUGGAGCUACCUGGACACUUCCCAGAAGGAACUUUACUGGGAAGUGAUUCUGGAGAACUACAGGAACCUGGUCAGCCUGGGCCUUGCAGAUUCCAGCAUGGAUGUGAUCUCUCAGCUGGAGGCAGGGGAAGCACAUUGGAAUCUAAGUGACAGUGUCCUCAAAAUCUUCAGGCCAGAUUGGGAUACCAGGCCUCAGACCAAGAAGUCUUCUCCAAAGAUCGGCAUUUCUGUGGAAGACUUAUCCCAGCAAAGGUCCUUGUGUGAUGACCCGUGGAUGGACCAAGCCAGGGAGUCUUAUGACAGAAUGAAGAGCGAUCAGAGCAAUGAGGAGAAACCUUCUAGGCAAGGAAAAGUAAUCCAGACAGAAACUGCUGGUGAAAUCACAGGUUCUGAUUAUAGUAAAUAUGGCCAAACCUUUAACCCAGAGGCAGUCCUUUUGCUACAACAGGAAGUUUCUUUAGUAAUGAAUCUCCACAAAGGUGCUGAUCAGAGAAGGAGCUUCACCAUGGAGUCAGACCAAAGAUAUUGUAAUCUGAUCUAUUCACAGAAGAAAUAUUCUGAGGUUAACAAAUGUCAGAAAGCCUUUUCUUAUGAUUUGGACCUCAUUGACAAACAGGAAAUUCAGGAUAAAGAGGAACUUCAUGAAAGUGGGAAUUCUUUCAUAGUGUAUAAUGAACUUAAUCUACCCCAGGGAACUGAUCCAGGAGAAACAUGUUAUGAAUUGACUCAAUGUGGGAAGACAUUCUCUCAAAAAGCAGAUCUCAAUCAACACUCUGGUAGUCAGAGGAAAACCAAAUCUUUUGAAUGCAGUGAGUGUGGAAAGGCUUUCCACUUUAAGACAAGUCUUUCCCAGCACUACAGAAUUCAUACUGGAGAAAAACCUUUCAAAUGCAGUGACUGUGGAAAGUCUUUCUGCCAGAAGACAGACCUUAUACGACAUUAUAGGAUUCACACUGGAGAAAAACCUUUUAAAUGCAGUGAUUGUGGGAAAGCCUUUCCACGGAGCACAACCCUCACUCUACAUCAGAGAACUCACACUGGAGAGAGACCCUAUGAAUGCAAAGAAUGUGGGAAGACAUUCCGAUCCAGCUCUAACCGUACUCAGCACUGGAGUACUCACACAGGAAUAAAACCUCAUCAGUGCAGUAUAUGUGGGAAGGCCUUCUCCCAGAAAUCUGAUCUCACUCAUCAUGGUAGUGUUCAUACUGGAGAGAAACCAUAUGCAUGUCCUGAAUGUGGAAAGUUCUUUCGCCAGAAGUCAGAUCUUAAACAACACUUUAGCAUUCAUAGUAGAGAGAAACCUUAUGAAUGCAGUGCUUGUGGUAAAGCCUUUCCCCGUAUUGUAGAAUUAGCUAGACAUCAAAGAAUUCACACUGGAGAGAAACCCUAUGAAUGCAUAGAAUGUGGGAAGACAUUCAGUCAAGGUUCUAAACUUUCUCGGCACCAGAGAAUUCAUACAGGAAUAGAACACCAUGAAUACAAAGUAUGUGGGAAGGGCUUCUCCCAGAAGUCUGAUCUCACUCAUCAUGAUAGUGUUCAUACUGGAGAGAAACCGUAUGAAUGCUCUGAAUAUGGAAAGUACUUUCACCAGAAGUCAGAACUUGGACAACACCUUAACCUUCAUACUAGAGAGAAACCUUUUAAGCGCAGUAAUUGUGGAGAAGCCGUUGCAAGGAGGACAACACUGACUGAGCAUCAGACAACUCACAGUGGAGAGAAAUCCUGUGUGUGCAAUGAAUGUGGAAAGGCCUUCACUCAGAAAGGUCUUCCAGUACAUAUUGCAAAAAUGCAUAAUAGAGAGAAGUCUUAGGAAUGUAGUGAAUGUGGGAAGGCAUUCUCUGGGAUCACAACAUUAACUUAACCUCAUAGAUUUUGUUAUGGUGAAAACCUCAUUAAUAAAGUCUUAGAAAGCAUACUUUUAUCUGGAAGAGACUCCUUGACAAAUUUACUCAAUAUUGGACAGGAACCAUACACAUUUAGUGCAUGUGGAAAGCCCUUCACUUACUGGUACAGAACAAUUUAUUUCUAUUCCGCAGAUGGGUCAUUGACUGGAGAUGCAAGGAAGGCAUAUAUUUUCACAAAGCAACAAAUAUGUUGACUUAUUUUCCUAUAUUUUUAUAAUUUUUUUUUGCAAGGCAAUGGGGUUUUAAGUGAUUUGCCCAAGGUCACACAGCAAGUGUCAAGUGUCUGAGGCUAGAUUUGAAAUCAGGUCCUCUUGACUCCAGGGCCGGUGCUCUAUCCACUCCCCCCUUAUUUUCCUAUCUUCAUAAUAUUUGUUACAUGGAAACUCUUGAUUUGGUAGGGGAGAUUUGGUAGUGAGUGACAGCAAUGUAUCCAAAAAGUAAAGGGACCAUUAAUAAAAGAAAACCUGUAAACAGAGAAGUUCCUACAUAUCAGGUUUCCAAUAUCAAAUAACAUAAAGGGGACACAAUAGUAUAGUAAAGAAGGUGAGAUUAGAACAGUUGCUUCUUGAUUAGUUAUGAAUGGUUUAACUUGGAAAGUGGUCAGCACUCAAGUGCUUUAGGGAUUUGUGUUGAGCCCUAAUCCAUUGAACAUUUUUAUCAGUCUUGAGAGAAUCUGUAAAACACUUUGUAAAUUUUUCUGU